CAGAGGGGCUGACUGUCUUUUCCCUGUUCAAAAAGUAUCUCGGUUUUAGUUUUUAUACGUCUUGUACUUUCAACCUACGAAGUUCACCAGCCGAUCGCUGCAGUAGCCAGUCAGAGGGCAUAGUUCCUCAGUGUUUUUAACGGUUGAUCUGUUCACUUUAGGAUUGCCUUUUUGCCUGAGAGAGCGAGAGGGAGGAGAGGAUAAGCGCGAGAGGGGAGCGUGUGAUAGAGAGAGACGGAGAGGAAACGAGAAGCCUCCAUGUUUCAGCUGCCUAUCUUAAAUUUUAGCCCCCAGCAGGUUGCGGGGGUUUGCGAGACCCUGGAAGAGAGCGGGGACAUUGAGCGCCUAGGUCGCUUCCUCUGGUCUCUGCCCGUUGCCCCGGCAGCCUGCGAAGUCCUCAACAAGAAUGAGUCGGUGCUUAGGGCGCGGGCAAUCGUGGCCUACCACACCGGGAAUUUCCGAGAACUUUACCACAUCCUGGAGAACCACAAGUUCACCAAAGAGUCUCACACUAAACUACAGGCCCUGUGGCUGGAGGCGCAUUACCAAGAGGCAGAGAAGCUGCGGGGCCGCCCGCUAGGGCCUGUGGACAAAUACAGGGUGCGGAAGAAGUUCCCUCUGCCCAGAACGAUAUGGGACGGAGAGCAAAAGACCCACUGCUUCAAGGAGAGAACCCGACAUUUGCUACGCGAAUGGUACUUGCAGGACCCUUACCCGAACCCGAGCAAAAAGAGGGAGCUCGCGCAGGCUACUGGACUUACUCCCACACAAGUCGGAAACUGGUUCAAAAAUCGUAGACAAAGGGAUAGAGCGGCGGCUGCGAAAAAUAGGCUACAGCAAGGGUUGUCCCAAGGCUCGGUUCGGUCUUUGGCUGAUGAUGAUGGAACCGUCGAUCGACUCGGUCCCGCCUCCAGCCCCGAGGCAAGUUUGUCGAGCAAAGCCGCCACCUCGGCUAUCUCUAUCACUUCCAGCGACAGCGAAUGUGACAUCUAAUGGCGCACAAAGCAGUCGAGAGGAGGAAGAGGAUAAAUUGACAGAAUAUAAAUGAAGGAGAUCCUGAAAAACAAUCUAACAUAAAAACAGUCAUAGUGCCUGCGUUUGAAUUGAAAGAAACUGUUCUUCUUUGAUGACUGCCAAAACAUGAGGGUUCUAACGGAAUGCCCUGUCUUAAAGCUAUAGGCUACUUUCAUUUUUUUUUUUCGUUUUCCACUAUGGAUGACUGAAGCUAAUGCAAGCUGAAAGAAAAUGUAAAGAAAAAACAUAUUCAUAUUCACGAUCCCUUUUUAGGGAUGACUAAUAAACCAAUGCCUCAAGUUGAAACUCAAAAUAAAUACAAAGUAAGGAAAAAAGGAGAAGACAUCCGAGCGCCUAGCCUGCUGUUUUCUGUGGGUAUUUCAUGUUGAAAAGACGCUGGAAUAUUUUUACUUUACUUUUAAAGUUGUAUAAAUAAUGUUUAUUUACUUAUUUAAAUGAUAGGCGCUAUUAUAAUUUGAUAUUUUUUUGCUUGGUGUUUUUAUGUUUACCUUGUCCACAGGUGAACCCGUUGAGCAUGUGCGCUUUAGUGAACAUGUGUUUCAGUAAAAAAGACAAAAAAGUAGCCUAAAGAAACUUAAUAAAAUUAUUGUUGAUCAAAAGAACAAAA